GCGCCGGCGGCUGCGGCGAGGGCGGCGGUAGCGGCGGGAGUUGAGGCUGACGGUGGGCCUCGGGGCUCGGGAGCGCGACGCGGCCUAGAGCGGCCGACAGCGGGUAGGGUCGAGGAGGAGCGCAGUUGCCGCACUGGUCCGCCAUGGAGAUGGAGAAGGAGUUCGAGCAGAUCGACAAGGCCGGGAGCUGGGCGGCCAUUUACCAGGACAUCCGUCACGAAGCCAGUGACUUCCCGUGCAGAGUGGCGAAGCUUCCCAAGAACAAAAACCGGAACCGGUACCGGGACGUGAGCCCCUUUGACCACAGUCGGAUCAGGCUUCAUCAGGAAGAUAAUGACUACAUCAAUGCCAGCUUGAUCACCAUGGAGGAAGCCCAGAGGAGUUACAUUCUCACCCAGGGCCCUCUGCCGAACACGUGUGGGCACUUCUGGGAGAUGGUGUGGGAGCAGAAGAGCAGGGGCGUGGUCAUGCUGAACCGCGUGAUGGAGAAAGGGUCGUUAAAAUGUGCCCAGUACUGGCCGCAGAAGGAAGAAAAAGAGAUGAUCUUUGAUGACACGAAUUUGAAAUUGACAUUGAUCUCUGAAGACAUCAAGUCAUACUACACGGUCCGCCAGUUAGAGUUGGAAAACCUGACAACGCGAGAGACUCGAGAGAUCUUACAUUUCCACUACACCACAUGGCCUGACUUUGGAGUCCCCGAAUCGCCAGCAUCUUUCCUGAACUUUCUUUUCAAAGUCCGGGAGUCGGGGUCUCUGAACCCCGAGCACGGCCCGGUGGUGGUGCACUGCAGUGCUGGCAUCGGCAGGUCGGGAACCUUCUGCCUGGCCGACACAUGCCUCUUGCUGAUGGACAAAAGGAAGGAGCCAUCCUCAGUGGACAUCAAGCAAGUGCUGCUGGAAAUGAGGAAGUUCCGGAUGGGCCUGAUCCAGACGGCCGACCAGCUGCGCUUCUCCUACCUGGCCGUGAUCGAAGGCGCCAAGUUCAUCAUGGGAGACGCCUCGGUGCAGGAUCAGUGGAAGGAGCUCUCCCAUGAGGACCUGGACCCCCCGCCCGAGCACGUGCCCCCACCCCCCCGGCCCCCUAAACGAAUCCUGGAACCACACAAUGGGAAAUGCAAGGAGUUCUUUGCUACCCAGCAGUGGGUAAAGGGUGAGAUGGAGGAGGACAGGCCCAGCAAGGAAGAAGCCAGCACCCUCUUAAACGCCCCCUACAGCUUGGACAGCACACGGCAAGACACUGAAGUUAGAAAGCGGAUUGCGGGCGGCGGGCCGAGAGGCCCCCAGGCAGCCUUCCCUGCCAAGACAGAGCUGUCUCCACCCCACGAGGAGGAGGAUGCAGAGCAGCGGCCACCAGGCCACGCACCAACUCCCUGGAAGCCCUUCCUGGUCCACAUGUGCAUGGCCACGGUCCUCACAGCGGGCGCGUACCUCUGCUACAGGGUGUGUUUUCACUGACCGGUGUGUGGCCGGCGCGUGUGCACGAGGCACCGGCACAGCCCGGUGGUGGGAUUUGGUUCUGUGGAGCAUCUGAGCCAGUCUCAGAAGAAACAGGUUGCAAGUUCAAAAGUCCGCAGCAGCGGAAGGGCUACCCCGAGAACGGAGGACUCUGCACUGGGGUCAAGGAGCCCUGUGGUCCUAAGAAUAUAAGAGUCUAAUCUCAGGGCCUUAACCUAUUCAGGAGUAAGUAGAGAAAAUGCCAAAUACGUCUGUCUGUCUGUUUCUCCCUCUCUGUCUCUCUCUUAAACUUUUUUUUUCCUUUUAUUUUGGUUUGUCUUUGGGAAAAAAUGCAGAAUUACAACACAUUGUUGUUUUUAACCUUUAUAUAUAUAUAUGUAUGUGUGUGUGUGUAUAUAUAUACAUAUAUAUAUAUAUAAACAGCUUUUUUUUAAUUUCUGAAGACUAGGCACUUACGACUUUCUCGUACGGGAGGUGGUGUAGCCAGAUUUGUAUUUGAUUCCCGGGAAAGAAUCCCAAACUUGAUGAAUGUCUGCUCCCUCGGAGAGGAGGCCCCUUCCCCCGCCCGUGCACGCGCCUCCCCGCUGCUCUCCCCCGCUCUCCCCCGCUGAGAAGGGGAGCCGGCCUCUGCGCUGCUGUCCCCAGUGCACGUGCACCUCCCUCCCGGCAGCCGCCGCAGCAGAACGCGCCCUGCUCUCCCUCACGGAGGAGAGGGUCUCGGAGGGCAUGGAGACGCAGACUUUUUCUCUUAGGGGCAGUGUUUGCAGGUGGCGGUUACUGUUUAAAAAUGCAAACCACGAAGCCCCUCUCACUGUGGAGGUUAGUGUUGCUCUUGCGCUGUGGCUCUGGGGCGUGGCCACGUUCGGGUUCAGCCUGACCCUCUACUGCCCACCUCGGCCCCUACUGCCCUGCCCGCCUCUGCCCUGCAGAUACCUGUGCUGGCGGCCUGCAUGGCAGGUGCGGCUGCCAGCCGGUGCAGGGAGCAGAGAGCCUGGAAGGGUGCUUGUGCUCCCCCCAAUUGCGUCCCCCACGUCUUCCCCUCCUCCUCUUUCAGUACCAAAUCCUUCACUCUGUGAGGAGGGCGCAGAGGCAUGCGGCCGCUCCAGUCUUGGGGCUCCCCACACCGAGUGCUGCUGCGGUGGCACGCCCCAAGUGGGUGGCAGCCAGCACCCCCCCCUAGCCCCCCGCAGCCUGCGUGCUGUAAACCUGUCCGCUCUGUAUUUAUUUUUAAUGUUCCCCCCAAAGGCAUCCGUACCGCACUAGCGUUUUUGGAAGUACUGAGGCGUUUUUGCGCCAGGGCUUUUUGCAGUACGGUAAUGAAAUCCUCAGGUGGCGCCGUGGUCUCGUGGAUCUGGCACGCGGGGACUGGGCACGGUGUGUGCCGUCCGGGGGCUGUGUCCUGGUCUCGGUUAGCUGCUGGAAGCUAGUUCUCGAAUGCACACGAGGCGUGGCCCGGCCUGGCCCCGUGCCGGGUGCGGAACGAGCGCUGACUCCUGCUUCCUGCUGAGCCCUGGCACGGCCCCUUAUGUGGCCCAUUAUGUGGCUGUGGCCCUGCGCCGCCGCUUAAGGAGCCAUCCUUCACCCAUGAGCCAUGACACGGGCCUGAGUCCUGGCGUGACACUCCGGUGACUUCCGGCGAGGCCUGGCCCGGCUCUACGGACACUCAAGACAUUCCACGGGUGUGGCCAGCCUUGCUCACACCUACGCUCUUGGACAGAAGCAGGACCCCCACUCGGGUCCCAGCAUCCUCUUCCACAUCCACGCCUUCUGGAGCUGAGCAGGUUGGACGCCAGGCGGCCGCAGGAAGCGCCUGGUGCCAGCCUGCCAGCCACUGCCAUCUCUGCCCCGGCCCGCGGGGACCGACGGUGCUCGCCACUGGCUGCCUGACAGCACGGCGGCCGCGGCUCCCAGCUGCACCUGCUCUCGCCAGCAUUUCACGUUUUGCCUUUCCCAUGGGAGAAGCCGUCCAGAGCGACCCUGGGGAGCGGGGCUGUCCCCGCAGAGCCCAGGCCGCGCGGAGGCUCUGUGCGCGUGUCCGGCAGCCCAUCCACCCGUGGAAGGGAGGGAGCGGGCUGCUCCGCUAGCUGCCUUCCUCGGUAGUUACUCAUCAGGCCUUGCCUCUUCCAGCGGCCGGGGAUAAACCGUUUUACAGACAUAAACUUUACAAACAGCCAGGUGUUUCCAGGUGGGUGUGGACGGGGUGCAUGCCGGGUGGGGUGGCUCAGGUUCUUCUGUGACCUCACGGAACCGUCGCUUGUACAGGUUCCCAACUCGCCAUGUAAACGAUGGGUUUGCAUUUUAGUUGCAACAAUAAAUUUUUUUCUAAAGAACA